AUGGAGACCAGAAACGAUGAUGACCCGACCAAUAAUUUACCGACAAUGGCCACGGCCACUACUAUCAAAUUGGCCGAACAGUCGGCCGCCAAUCAUACCGAUAAGCGGACCGGUAGGCGAUUGAUACGGUUCAGUGUCAGACAGAAACAACUGUUAGAUAAUAUUGACGAUAACAACAACAAUAAGAAUAAAAAGAAGAAAAAAGAUAAGAAAAAUAAGAAGAAAAUGAAAGACAUGACGACACCGAUGAUGACGACAACUCAACAACAACUUAACGAUCCGUACGGACAAACUGUUGACAAAAUUCAAGCCGACAAUACCGACACCAAUAAACAGGUUGUCAUUGAUGUGGAACAACAGCGAAAGUUGGGCGACAAAAUUGAUACCGAGAUUAAUGUGCACACUAUCGGUGCUCGAAAGAAACACAAUGUGGUGGACAGUGAAGGACAGGAACCCUCAUCGGUGACCGACAAAGACGACGAUCCGUCAUCAGAGGAGGAGGACAUGUCUGAUAAGAUUGGAUCAUUAGAUUGGGAUCACCUGAUGGUUAAGGUACGGGAGCUAUGCUUUUCCUAUGGCAGAAGCAACAAACAGUUCAUCCAUCAGCUAGAUAUGUCGAUACCUAAAAGUGCUAUUUAUGCCUUACUGGGUCCAAGUGGUUGCGGUAAGACUACACUAUUGAAACUGAUUUUGGGUAUAUUGAAGCCCAAGUCGGGUACCGUCAAAGUCAAUGAUAAACUUAAUGGCGAUCCUCUUAAUCAUAUACCGGGCAAAGGGGUCGGAUUUAUGCCACAAGACUUAGCUCUCUUUCAGGAGAUAACAGUGAAUGAGGCGCUCAAAUACUUCAGCAAAAUCUAUGGUAUGACUGAUGAACAGACACUAUCGAGUAUUAAGUUUUUGGUCGACUUCUUGGACUUACCUGAUCCGGAAAGACGUAUAGAUACCUUAAGUGGUGGACAGAAACGCCGGGUCUCUCUAUCACUAUCGCUGGUACACAAUCCUCCGCUACUCAUAUUGGAUGAGCCGACAGUGGGCACCGAUCCCGUCUUAAGGGAACGGAUAUGGAAACAUUUGGUGAUAUUAUCUCAACAAAAGUCGACAUCAAUCAUAAUUACCACUCACUAUAUUGAAGAGGCCCGACGGGCUCAUAUGAUAUCACUGAUGAGAUCCGGCAAAAUACUUGUCGAGCAUUCGCCCAAACAUUUGCUCAAUCAUUUCGGGAUCAGUACACUAGAACAGGUAUUUCUCAAGAUGUGUACCAAUACUAACAACAGCAACGAUGAUGGCAUACAAUUGCCACAAAGCUAUCUAAUCACAAGAAAUAAGAUGACUAACACUGUUGAUGAUGUCUACACUGACGACAGUCAGGGCAAUACAAUGAUUAAGAUAGAUAAGACAGUGAUGACAGUCAAUGGACAGCCAAUGAAGAGUCUGCCAUCGGUGUCGACUAUGCAACGGGUGAAGACACAGACACACAAAAACUUUUUGAGAGUUAUGCGAAACAAACCUCUACUAAUAUUUCAGACAAUAUUGCCAACUAUUAUUAUCAUAAUAUUUUGCUUGUGUAUCGGUACAAAACCCUAUGGUCUACCGGUUGCCGUCUAUAACGGCGAAUAUGAUCAGUCGGUAUCGGCCGACAACUCAUCGUUAUCGACAAUGAUUUUGAGUCCAGCAUUUCUCCGACAAGUGGACAACAAGACAAUCACAUUUAAACAUUUCCGAUCAAAUAAGACGGCACUGGAGACUGUCCACGACGACAAUGGCGUCUACGGCGCUAUUAUCAUUCAAAAUGGAUUUACCGCAAGUCUGGCCAAACGGUUUAACAAUAAAGAGCUGACCAGUGAUGAAGAUAUCGACAAAAGUACCAUUAAAUUUUAUGGUGACUUUAGCGAUAUGAUAAUAACACAAACAAUAACCAAAGUGCUGAUCGACGCCGAGUUUGACUUCUUGCGCGAAGUGAUCAACAAAUAUGUUGUCAGCAAAUCGCAGGCCAAACGUCAGAUCCGUGUCUUUGAUCCGUUGGUCGAGUUUGUCGAUCCGCCUGUAUUUGGUUCGAUUGACCCGAAGUUUCGUGACUACAUUGCACCGGGUAUUGUCAUGUCGUGUAUCUAUUUUAUGGCAUUGGGACUGACAGCUAUGACUCUGGUUAUUGAGCGCAAAGAAGGCCUAAUGGAAAGAUCAAUAGUAGCCGGACUUAAGUUGACGGAAAUUUUGGUCGCACAGGUGAUCGUCCAGUUUUUCAUAGUCACACUCCAGACAAUAUUGUUAAUGAUAUUUACGUUUCUGGUGUUUGAAGUGCCAAACAAUGGUAACAUAUUAUACGUGAUAGUACUGGUGCUGAUGCAGGGCGUGGCCGGCAUGUCAUUUGGUUUGCUAAUAUCGGCGUUUUGUAAGACAGAAAACUCGACAAUUAUGGUAGCGUUGGGCUGUUUCUACCCGUUUCUACUCAUAUCGGGUAUCAUUUGGCCAUUGGAGGGAAUGCCAUACGAACUCAGAUUGGUCAGCUACUGUCUACCUCAGACACUGGCCAUCAUAGCGUUGCGAAACAUUAUGCUAAAAGGCUAUCAUAUUGGCUAUAUGUGGGUAUUUUUAGGCUACCUGUCCACUAUUGCUUGGAUGGCCAUAUUUCUAGUGCUGGCUAUUGUUGUAUUUAAACAUAGAAAGUAA